CGGUGCGCAGUGCUGCCCGCCUGAGUGCUCGCUACUACAUGCAUUCCUUCUUUUUUUUUUUUUUUUUUUUUUUUAAACGGAAUUGCAAAAUUCAAAGGAGUAGUGAUGGGUAGGUAGUGUGAGGUGAAAUUACGAGAAGAAUGUAGCUUACUUUACUUUUUGGAAAAAAAAGAAAAAGAAAAAGAAGAAAAAAAAAGGAGGGGGAUUGAAGAGAAAGGUAGGUUCCAACAUCGUUCUUGCGCGAAGAUGGCAGCUCAACACGAUGCCGUGGUCCCCUUCGCUCGGUACAACAAGCAUAUACUGUCGGGACCUGGAAUCCCCGAGAGCACACGCCCUCCAUUGACUGCCUCCCUGCUGGGCAAUUGGGUGCAAGAGAGAGCGCUGCAGAAGAAGACAGGAGUGUCGAGGUACACACCAUGGGCGCUUCCACGGCAGACUACGAAUGGCGUUUACGCGAAGAAGGUAUUAAUACUAGAGCCAGAGGACACCAGAGGACGAGUAAUGGGGUUCAACAUAUAUAAGAAGGGAGAUGUCAUAGCGCCAGAUCAUUUCUUGACAACGAACAGGGCACAUUUCACACCCCCACCGAUCAGUGCAUACUACUCGGACGAAGAGGAGGAAGGAGAAGUGGCGGAGAAGAAGAGGAGGGAGAGGUGGGAGAGGAGACAGGAGGAGGAGGAGGAGAAGGAGAAGGAGAAGGAGAAGGAGGAGGAGGAGGGGGAGGGGAGAAAGAAGAAGGAGGGGGAGGGGAGAAAGAAGAAGGAGAGGGAGGAGGCGGCAAUCUGUCGGUGCUAUAACUAUAAGGGAAAGGAGAAUAAGGAGAGAGAAGAAGAGGAGGUGGUACAGGAGGAGAAGAAGAAGGAGGAGGAGGAGGAGAAGAAAGCAGGUAGCCAGAUCAUGGCUGAGAGCAAAAAGAACAGAGAGGAAGAAAGAAACGAAGAGGAGGAAGAAGAGAAAGAAGAGAAAGAAACGGACGGCGAUGAUCGUCAUUGUCAUCUACAUUCUCCGACAUCGCCAUACUCCUGUGUUUUUCCUCGCGCUGUUGGGCUAGAUGAUAUCAACACUUACGAUGAUGCCAUUACCGUUUACAGUACAGGACGACCGGGGCAGUUCUACCGGUCGUCCAGGCAACGACCAGGGCUUUUCCGGAAGUCCGCCCACUUCAGCAAACCACUCUCUGAUUACUCCAAAGUGCUCAUUAACGAAUAACGCACCAUCAAGCAGAUUCACUACUCUCUCUCUCUCUCUCUCUCUCUCUCUCUCUCUCUCUCUCUCUCUCUUUCAAAGGCGCGAAGCAUGCGCGUC